AUGUCAGAUUUUGAAGAGGCCUUCCUGCAGUAUAAUCAAGCCUAUAAUAGCAUCACUGUCAUGGGCGAUUUUAAUGCAGAUCUGUGUUCCAAUAAUUUUGAUGCCAAUAACCUAAAAUCCUUUUUCUCCAGCGUGAGCAUGAAUAUUAUUCCGUACCGUCCAACGCACCACACGGCUACGAGUGGUACAUGGCUUGAUAUCUGCGUGGUUAAUGACCUCUCUAGGGUCUCUGAUUUUACACAGUCACCUGUCGCCUUUUUAUCAAAUCACGACUUGAUUAGCGUUCGCCUCCUAUUUACUACGGGUAAGAUCGAGCCACGUGUCAUCAAAUAUAGGGACUUCAAGUCCUUUGAUUCCCAGGCUUUCAAAACUGACUUGGAAUCCUGCGACUGGUCGCAGGUAUUUGCUGCUACGUCGAUUGACUUAAAAGUUAAUUCAUUCAAUACUAUCGUAGCUAACACAGUAAAUAAGCAUGCCCCUGUCCGCACGGCUCGUUUGAGGCGUCCUCCAGCCCCUUGGCUGGAUGACAAUAUUAAGAUACUUAUAAGACAGCGGAAUUCUGUGUAUAAAGCUUUCAGGAGAACUAAGUCAACGCUUAUUAGAGAUAAAUACAGGGCCUUGCGUGGUCGUGUUAAGUCACUGAUCUCGACCGCUAAAAGCAAAUUUUUUAUGGAUAAGUUCAGAGGGAUCAAGGAUCAAAGGUUAAUUUGGCGUGAACUCCGAAGUAUUGGGAUUGUUAAAUCAAAAGAUGCUAAUUUACCGCAGAAUAUAUCUCUGGAAGAUUUAAACAAUUUCUUUGCAGAACCAUUCGAGCGCGACAUGCAUGACAGUACCGUGGGUAAACUGGCUACCAUGGUGCCACGUCUUAUACCUUUUAGAGACGAUAACUUUUAUUUUAAUGCAGUUACUCCAGAAUGGCUCAUGCGUAACCUGUUCCAAUCUAAAUCUAAUACCAUGGGCAUCGACGCUAAUCCACUUUCCUUUCUGAAGUUGUGCAUGCCUACGAUACUCCUGCCUAUCCUCGAUAUAUUCAACUUCUCACUGUCAAACAAUGUUUAUCCUAGGCUCUGGAAAAGCUCGCUCGUUCGAUCUAUUCCGAAAAUUAAGAUCCCUGGUAGUAUGCAGGACUUCCGGCCUAUAUCUAUUGGCUGCUCACUCUCCAAGUCACUUGAGCGAAUUGUGUUCGACCAAGUUUCUCGGUAUCUUGACCUUAACGACUAUCGUGAUCCGUACCAAUCGGGUUUCCAGAAGGGGUAUAGUGCGCAGUCUGCUCUCAUCAGAGUCACAGACGAUAUAAGGCGUGCCAUCGAUGACAGAAAAUGCACGGUGCUGGUCCUGUUUGAUUUACGUAAGGCAUUUGACAUGGUAAAUUAUCCACUCUUGAUCACCAAGCUUGCGGACCUUAAGGUAUCUACUUCGGCCUUGAACUGGUUUCUGUCCUACCUGUAUGGCAGAAAACAGGCUACUAUAGGACAGGACAGCAAGCUUUCCUCGUGGAAAGAUGUUUCCUGUGGCGUACCACAAGGCACUGUUUUAGGGCCUCUUCUUUUCUCUAUUUUCAUAAAGGACAUGCCCUAUCAGUUGAAACAUUGUGCUGAGUGUUUCGAGGAGAGUGCAUGGUACGUUAUGGCAACUCAAAACUAA